GACCGUACACGACGUUCGGCCUGUUGCUUCUCGUCCGCCGACUUGCUCCGACGUUCUCCAAUAAGUUCUCUGCUCCGAGCCGCAACAACGAAUCUAAGAAGAUGAUGACGACGACGACCCACAGACUCACCGCCGUGCUGAUCCUGGCAGCUCUCUGCUUUUUCAAGAGCUCAACAGUUGGGGCCAACGACGACCAUCAUCAGGAUCAACCGCUGCCACAACAGCCACAACAACAGCCACUCGUCAACGACGACAAUUGCGUCGCCUACCUGUACGAGGACGGGACCGUCAAUCUGCUGUCCAGCGACGAUCCGCGCGGGCCCAUCGUCUACGGCUACGACGCGCAGAACCUGCCCAAGCAUCGCUAUCCGGAUCCCAACACCGAGUGCAUCUUCAAGGAUGGCGAUGCCUUGCUGCAUCUCUCUUGCGCCGAGGAGCGUAUGAUGAUCCUGCGCGGCCCCGUCCAGGAUCAUCGCGACUACCGCGCCACCUAUCUGUACCACAGACGUACGAUUAAUCCGCGCUCAGACGGCGACGAUGUCGUCGUGGAGCGCGGCCUAGGAAUACACGGAGAAGACCCGGCCGAGACGAAACUCCAAUCGGCCACUCGUCCGAGGUGUACGCGCGAGGUCGAGCCGAUUUUUAUCGACGUCUCCAAGGGCGACCUGAGCCAGGGACAGCGAUAUCAGACCGGAUACUUCGUCACGCCCGUGGACUUUCUCCGUGUGAUGGAGUUCAAGCUGGCGGCCAAUGGCAAUCUCGUGGCUACCGCGACUCUGACGCCGGCUGCGUCGUUGACGAACGAGAUCAAGCCAGCCCAGACGCCGAGAUACGGCUGGGGACUGGCGCACCACGCGGCCGCCAGCGGAAAAUUACUCGAUUAUGAAUCUGUGUACAGUCUGGACAAUCAGCGCGAGGUGUUCGAGGGUCAGUGGCCGGAGCUCGAGGACAUCGAGGAGCGCAUCAAUGAGGAGCAAAAACUCGUCAGGACCCAACUGAUCUCCGACGAGGACUUCUACUAUCACAACGAGAAGACGGCGAGCUACUUCUACGAGAAUACGGUGCCCGUGUGGAAGAGCGUGGCCGAGGGCAACUGGGCGCGAGUCGGCCGGAUAAUGCGCGAGAUCGCCGCGCAGACCGACAGCGAGUUCGAGCUCGGCGCCACGAGUUACGGCGCCUACAGGCAACCGGGCCGCCGCGGCCAGGGUCGCUUGGAGCUGGCCGACACCGAGGAGCUGGGCGGCGGUUAUCUCCGAGUGCCCGUGCCAUGGGUGCUGCAGCGCUACAUGGUCGACAAGAGGAAUCCCCGCCGCGGCAUCGUCUUCCACGUGAUCAACAAUCCGUUCCUGACGCCCGAGGAGGUCAGGGAGUACAUGGCCGAGAGGCCCCGGUGCCGCAUGGUCGAGUGUCACAUGGCCCACAGGGAGUUCGCCUACGUCGAGCAGGGCUUCACCUACUGCUGCGCCAUAGACGACGACGACACGCUCAAGGAGCACAAGAUCGAGAACGAGAGCUCGUAGAUGAUUGUAAUUUUUGUGUAUAUAACGUACGUUUGUUUUUUUGUAUAUAGUGAUAUAUUUUGUUUAACGUACGAAUUUUAUCGAUUGAUCGACCAUAAUGAUAUGAAAAUAAUAAACGUUUUUCAUAGCAAAUAAA